CAUCGCCCGGCUUAGCUCGGGCCCUGUAAACAGCAUGGGUGCGGGAUCGACGUGCGGCAGCAUGCACGGCAUGAUUGGCGGCGGCGGCGGCGGCAACAGCGGCAGGGUGUCUCGUGCUAGCGGCACCGGCGCCAUCAAUGGCGGAGGCAGCAGUGUGCUGCUGCGUAGCCCUAAGACCAGCGUUCCCGGCAACGGUCCUGGCCCGCCGAAAUGGUCGGGUGGGAGUUCCCUGGCGGGUCAACAGCAGCAAGGGUCGCUGACGGGGGUUGCGGCGGCGCGGGCGUCGCUUGACUUGCUGCUCCAGGGGCGCAUGUCAGCGUCCGCGGCAGUGGCGGCGGUGUCAGCCGCCGCUGCCGCCGCCGCAGCGGCGGCGGCGUCAGCCUCAGCUCAAUCAGGAGGGGCAGCGGGUACCAACGCCGCCGCCGCCGCCGGCAACAGCGGUGGCAUCGCUAGCGUUGGCAGCGGCAGCGCCCUUCAUGCGCAUCCCCACCACCCAUCGGUUCAGCAGCUACUGCAACAGCAGUCCUCGGCGCAGGCAUUGGCGCACGCGCUGGCGGCAGGAGGCUCCUCGGCGCCCACGAUGGGGGUCAUGGAUAGCCUGAGUGCGGGCCAGGUGUUGCUGCAUGUGCAGCCCGCUAGUGCCAGCGGCAUGUCGGACCGCGUCUCACGCCUUCGUCCCUCGCAUCCUGGACCGCCGCUCGCGACCUCAAUGGGCGACAAUGGGUCGAUUGGGUCGCUCGGCGGAGACCCCAAUGCUCCGCCUCGGUUGCCAAUGCGAACCAGCAGCGGUCGACGCAGCGCCAGCAAUGCAGCAGCGGCGAUAGCCGCGGCGGCGACGGCUGGCGGUGUUAGUGGUGCGAGUGCUGCGUUGAGCACCCUGGGUACGGAGGCGGCUGCGGGCGGGUCGGGACCCACGGGUCGGUGUCCGCGGCCGAGUGGGGGCUCGCCGGCGGCUAAUACCAGGAAUGCAACCCGGCUCCGGAGCACUUCGGCGCAAGUGGCGCAGUACCUGGCCAUGAUGGAGGAGGACCUCCAACUGGACACGGCGUCUAGGACCUCAUCAACCGGUGGCCCCAUGGCGAAUGUGGUGGCGGGCGGAGGCUCCUCCGGCGCUCCUCCUCAUCAUCAUCAGCAGCCGCUUGUGACGCUGUCCAAUCGAAGCAUACUCUCGGCGGGCCAUAGCCAGGGACACCUGACGGUUGUGACACAUGCCCAGAUGCUGCAGGGCGCCGUAUCCGCCAGCCGUUUGAGCCCUGGCGGCAGCAUGCUGCGGCACAGCCCCUCAGCCCCGCGCCCCUCCGGCUCCAACAACCCCAUCAAUCUCCGCAUGACCUCCAGCCAAAGCCUCUCUGCACGCCUCAGCGGCGGCGGCGGCAUCGUGGCAGCUGCCGCCGCCGCCGUCGCGCUGCAUGGAGCGCGUCAAGGCCCCAGCGGCAGCGGCAGCACGACCGUCGUUAGCACCGCAGCACUCGCCGGCGCAGCGCCCAGCGGCGCCCAAAGCGAAUCCAACACGGGGCCCGUUCCCGCACACCACCUGACGGGCAUGGACGGCCCGACCGAUGUUGACGAGCCGGGGGGUCCUGGGGGUGCUACUGCUGCUGCUGCUGCUUCAUCCGUUGCUUCUCCCAGCGGCGCUGCUGCCGCUGCUGCCGGGACCACCUCCUCAGCCUCCGGCAUGAAGGAGCGCAGCGAGCAAGGCAUGAUUGUGCUCACAGGCAGCGGCAGCAGCGCCGUCUUAGCAGCCAAGCGCGGCAGCUCCCUGGGAGCUCCGCCCGUCAUGCAACAACGGUAUCCCGGAGGCGGAAGCGGCGCUGGCGUUGUUGGCGGCGGCGGUCUGGCCGCUGUCGGCGUUAGCGCUGACGGCCGAAUCAUACGCGGGGGCUUAAUCAAUCGGCAUCCACUGCCCGGCAGCCCCUCCGCCCUGCGCGGCCCCAACCCCACCAAGAGCAACAGCCAGCCCACCAUGUCAGUCACGGGGGAAGCACGAUCCAUGCCCAACCCCGCUGCCGCAUCCCAUGCCAGCGGCAGCCCAGGCAGCGGCAACAGCAGCGGCGCCGGCGCCUCCGCCACCGUCGGCGGCGGGUUGGACCGCUCCUCCAGUUACAUCUCUCCCUUCCUCCGGCCUAACCCCAUGAAGAGCAGCAGCCAGCCCUCCAUGAAGGUGGGGUUCCCCGUUGCAGCCGGUGGCGCUGCGGGCCGGCUGGGACCCGGCGGCGGAAGUACGGCACUGGGUCGUACGGCAUCACACGGCAGUAGCCGAAUGAUGCGGAAUCUUGGGCCGGCGCCGGUGAUGCCGGCGUGCGGGGGAUCUCCAACGGACAGCGUUCAUCCCAUGGAUCUGAGUCCGCCAGUUGCCAGGAUUGCCAAAGCCACGAGUGCUCGUCGGCUGGCAGGUCCAUCUCUAAGCCCCUCCGCCGCAUCAGUGACGCCCGGGACAGGCACAACCGGCAGCAUCACCCCCGUGGCGGAGGACGAAGUAGCACAACGGCAACGCAGCGUCAGCACCCCAACCGCCUCCCACCCCUCUAGCGCUGCCGGCAGUGCGUUAGCGCGACGCAACCGUCAACCGUUGGAAGUUGCCGUACCAGCAGACGGUUGUUACGGAGGUUCCGGAGCCACGCCAACCGCAAAUACGGCACCGCAGGUGCCGCAUCUAAACAUUGCCGGACAACCAACCGGCAGUGGUAGGGAUGUAAAUGGUAAUGGCGUGGGGAGCGGCGGGUAUGCCAGCCCUACGAACGUUGGCGGCGGAGGCGGCGGCAGCGGCCGACAGUGGGUUGCGACGGUGACGUCAGCCGCCGCUUCGCCUCGAACGGGCGAGGUCGGCGGCGCUGCCGGCGGCGCCGCUCAUGCCGUGAACGACGGCAGCAUGCUUCCCUCAGCUCACGGCCACGCUGCGGGGCCACAGAUCCUCAAUCGCGAGCUGCAUAAGGUUGUCAAGAGGUUAAGACCCGACGGCGGGUCCUUCACAGGAUCUGGAAGCUCGCCGCUGGGGUUACCCCCCAUGGGUCCUAGCCACCCCGGCGGCGGCGACAGUGCCGGCGGCGCCGCCGCUGGCGGCGGCGGCGGCGGCACUGGCCCCGGCGGCUCCUUCAGCUACAGCAGGCGCUCGUCCAUCGACUCGCACGGACUGUUGUACAACAGCAUCGCCUCCGCCAGAAGCGCGACGGCGGCUCUGCAAGCUGGCGCCGUCGGCGGCGGCGCUGCGGGCGGCGGCGUGACGGCGCUGCACCGGGAGAAGUUGCUGUGGGGACGCGGCUUGCUGACGGCUGGCGGAAGCCCCGGCGGCGCAGCCUCCGCCGCCGCCGGCGGCGGCGGCGGCACCGGCAGCGGCGCACUCCACGUCACCGGCGGCGUGCCAUCGGGUAUCUUUGCGAGUGACCCAAACUCCCCCGUCAGCAGCUACGGCCCCGUCGCUGCCGGCUCCAGCGGCCCUCUGGUCGGCCGGCAUGGCGCCCGGGCUCUCGGCGGCGCAGCAUCGCACAUGGGAGGUGCGAUGGGCGCCAGCGUUGCAAGCGCCGCUGGGUCCAUGACGGGGCCGCUGGCGUUCCAAAGCAGCGGCGGCGGCGGCGUGGGGCCCAGGACCACUAGCUGUGGUGCCUCCGCCAGCCGUGUUAGCAGCGGCGCAGAGGAGCGCACCGCCCGUCAACCCAGCUUUGUACGGCGCAGCAGCAGCGUACACUCCAAUACCGCGGCGUCAUGGGGCGAGUAUGCCGCGGGUGCUCUCGCUGGCGGCGGCGGUCCUGGCGGCGGCGGCGGCGGCGGCAUGGGCGGUGGCGUUGUCGCUGGCGGCGCGGGCGGUCGUACAUCCCUAUCCCGUGCUACCACGGGUGCCAGCCUACGCAUCCUGCAGGGUGCUGGAAGCGGCAGCGUCAUGGCACAUGGAGCGUACGGGGCGGCGGCGGCAGCAGCAGCAGCAGGCGGUGGAGCAGCAGCUGCGCAGGCCCCGACAGCGCUUGUGUCGCCGCUGUUGGCGCAUGUGACUGGGGCCGCCAGCCAAGUCAGCUCGUCUGUAGCGGCGCGCAUGGUUUCGGAGAGCGCCGUGAGCAGCACGCUAGGCGGCUGGACGGGACGUGAUGAGCUGCCUCCUCAGGGCGAGGCGGCGUACGCACUAACAGGGCGGGCAGGCACACUCAUGUACAUGGCUCCGGAAGUCAUCCGCGACGAGCCGUACAAUGAAAAAGUCGAUGUCUUCAGUUUCGGUGUCGUACUGUACGAAGUAUUCGGUCGUGUACUGCUGCUUGAGAUGUACAGCAAGGACGAGCUCGAGGCUCUGAGCAGCCGCAUCGCGCAGGGCUACCGGCACCACCGCCCCGAGUGCAUGCCGCAAACCAUCUGGGACGUGGUACAGCAGUGCUGGGCGCAGAAUCCCGCGGAUCGCCCCUCCAUGCCGCUGGUUGUACGGCAGCUGGAGCUGGCUAUGGAAGCCAUGAUGGAGGCCGAGGCAGCCGCCGCCGCCGCUGCAGCAGCAGCGCACCGACAAGGCUCCAUCUUUGGGGAACUUGCAGCCGGAGGGCUGGGGCUGGGAGGUGGUGGCGGCGGCGGGGGGGGUGGCAGCGGCAUGGGCAGCGGACCUGCAUCACCCAUGAUUGGAGGAGGUGGAGGUGGAGGAGGAGCAGGAGGCUUGGGCAGCGGGGUCGGCGCGGGGCUGCUGGGCGGGAAGGAGCGAGGCAGUGGGCGCAGCUUGACGAGUCAUCGGAGCGUUGGGUCCUCGGUUCGGGGCAUCUCCCUCCGUCGCCGUCCCUCCGUGCAACGCUCGCAACCACAGCCCAUGGCGCCCACGCCGGGCCGCCAACCGCCGCCGCCAGCCAACCAAUCCGUCAGCGACUUUGCGACCCUCACCACCGCACUCAACACUGGCACCGGGAGCACAGGCGGCAUGAUGCCGCUGCAAACGACCCGUGGGUCAGUCGGCGGCAACCCCUCGUUAGAUACGAAUGCGUUUGAAGCGGCUCCGGAGCCGAGAUGCGCGCCCUGUGGCUGCGUUAUUUGCUAGCGAGUGGCUGCCAGGAGUGACUGUCGUGGGCGAACGUUUGCGCAGCGUUGUAGGAAUUUGGUGCUGUCGUUGUAGUUCGUGGGUGAAAGGACUAGCGCCGAACUUACGAGCGGUCUGAAAGGUGCAUUUAGCGGGUUGGAUGCAUGUCCUGUGCUGUGGCCAUCUGCCAGGGAAGAAAGGAAGACACAUCUCCUUUCUACUUAAGCGAGAGGAAUGAGGCGGGCCUUGGGACGUCGGUUGCCGAAGCGCGGAGAGGGGGCCCGAGUCAGCGUGUGUGGAGGGAAAAACAGAGGAGGAGGAAGGAGUGCAGCGCCCGUCUGGCGACGAGACGAGUGAGCGAGCGAGCGCACGAAGGGAGUGCGAAGCGCGGCCAAUGCCUGUUGUGGUGGAUGUGAGACUGCUUAAAGACUGCUUGACGAGCGAAGAAACGCAGCGAGAGGUGUGGACAAGGCAGCGUGGGUGGUGCAUGUUAGGGGAGACGUCGGGAGGUAUGUUCAACCAACUGCGCGGCGGAGCAGCAGCGCAAUCGCUGACCUGCGUGGUAGGCUGCAAGCAGCAGGCGUAUGCCGUACUUGUUUACGCAUGGCGUCUGGUUGUGCGCACGUGCGCGAGCAGCCUGUAUCCGAUCCGUAGGUUCGUUGCACUACCGGUUCAGAAACAGCGCGCAGGUGGGACGUUGAGGAGGGACGUGGGGCAGUUGAGGGUGGUUACUGGGGUUGUUGAAUGGUGGUUACUCAAAACGCAUCCGGACCUGGUGACGUCCUUCAGCAGCUGGAUGGGUCUUCCUUGCAUGCAUGCUCUCAACCGGGGUGACGUCAGCGGGGUGCGGUGUCUGGGGCGGUCUUGCUUCUCUCGAGUGGAGGGAGGAUGGGAGGGAGAUGUCGAAGCUUUGGUGCCAUGUUGUGCUUCCAUGCUUCAAGAAGGGAUUGGUGGGAUCACCAGUAUGGGUCGCUGCGUGCCUAUUGCUUGUAGGCACGGUCAGUGUCGCCUGGAUGGUCGCGCCCCAGGGUACGGUACAUUAAUCGCACAUGCACGGUGCUAUACCAGGUGCCUGGGCGCUAGGAAAGUUGAGGGAGGAGGGGCAUGCGCUAACUUGCCACAUCUAGGCGGGCUGUGUUGGAGGGAGAGGAAGACGGGGCAGUAGAAUUCGUACCCGGUUGCAGGCACGUAUGCAUGGUAAGACAAGUUAAAUAAGGGCUAGAGCUUUCGAGCGGUAGUGCCCCUUUUGUGCGAAGGGAGGCGCGCACCAAGUACGCGAGUUGUGGCUUUGAAAGCAAUGCUCAAAACGUUUGGGAAUGAGGACAAUCGUGGCGAGCGUGGCGGUAUUUGGCGAUCGCGGUUUCGUUUUCGUGCUGGUUAUGUGCAUGCAAGUUGUUGCUGCUGUGAUCUCGGCUGGAGUCGUUUGUCGACUGUGUUGCUGGUGUGUAUGUUUAUAUCCUACUAUACUCGGAAGGAGCUGGAAAAUGUGAAACACGCACGCACGUUAAAGGCUGUUGCAGCAUUUUCAAUCACCGUUCCCUGCAGUUCUGUCCCGAGCUUUGGCCAUAACAUAUCUCAAAGCAAGGUUAGCUCUGCAGUGCUGUGGAUUGGCCAACGGAUGGGUUUUACGGCUUUUCGGGUGUAUCAAUUUUCGUCGUUUCGAAACGCUGUGAUCUUGCUGUUGUCGGGUGUGCUCUUUAAUCCGGCGUGCUCUUACACAGUCAAAAGAGUAAGCCGACAAUACCGUAGCUGCAGUGGGGUCCCCGUCCGUAUGGGAGGGCCAAGGCACUCUGGCCGCUUCCAAGUAAAGGAUCCUAGAUCCUGGGGAUGUCGGUUGUGCUAAGGAGUUGUGGGGGCCUCACAGUCAAGCUGUAGCAGUUCUGGUGGCGGAAGGGCAGUAGUCAGGCCUGUGCGUGGGCAAUCCUGCGUCGGCGCGCCUGGUGCCGGCUUAUUUUCGUGCGUGGUGCGGAAGUGGUAGGUAGGGUAUGUAGUGGUAUGUAGUAUGAAGCGCGGCCCCCGACACGCUGAGGAGGGCGGUGACAAGAUGAGGCGGGGGUAUUGACAGUUUCAAGAGCGGUGUUAAAGGGGUCUAGGAGCAGCUAGGGACCGAUACAAGAGACGGUUUUGGCAGCUGAGACGUCGUCAUAGGAAACGCUGCUCGCGUUUCCUUCGCGCAGCGUUUCCUCCGUGGCUUGCUGCUUUGUUUCAUCAGGGGUCAUCUCGCAUGGCUGUCCGCCCAGCCGUCCCUAGGACGCAGCAGGAGCAGCAGGAAUAGUGCGACACGGUUUUACCUUCUUAGUUCAUGACGUUAAGACGCGGCAGUCGCGCCUUAGGCCUGCCCUUACGUCUAAAGGUGCUGUUAGGCAGGCAGUAAUUCCCUUUCGCGAGGGCUCACGGUGCUCAGCAGGCCUCGAACAGUUUUUACUACAGUCACGGGUAAUUGAGUUCGCCUAUGGUGACAACUUAGUCGCAAAGACGUGCCACUAGAUGUUUGGGCGUGUGCACAAAGGUACGACAUGCCCUUGAGUUUGCGCAGAGGUAGCCACAGGGCGAAGGGUAGACCGGUAGCGAGUGGCAAUUGCGGGUGAGGAGGCCGAACACAUGCCAUGAACAGCCAUUCGUGUUGCUUAUCAUGAUCCG